AUGGCAACGCUUAAUGGGUGCUCCCCCUCCCCUCUUACCCCCUCCUACGCCUCCGCAGCUGCUGCUGUCGACCUCCUUGGUGCUGAGAAGGUCGCAGCUACUUCCGCUCCUAGUGGGAAGCGCAACGGCUCCAGGGGAGGCAAGAGUGGCAGGGGUGGCGGACGUGGCAGUGGAGGGGGCGGUGGUGGAGGUGGCGGGGGAGGUGGAGGUGGUGGGGGUGGUCGUGGGGGUGAAGGUGGUGGUGGGGACGGUAGUGGUGCCGGGAGUAGUGGCGGUGGCGGCGGCGGUGGUGGCAGAGCGGGGAGUGGUGGUGGCAGUGGUGGUGGGGGCUUGGGUGACACCAGUGGUGGCCAGGGGCAGCAGCAGCUGUAG